UGCAUGCCUUCCCGUCGUGCCACUGUCGAACUCCCUUUGCACAUCUUGCAGAAUUCAACGCUAAUUGUCUGUCAAAAGGUAGGCCAUGAAGACUGAAAGCGAGGCUCCGAAGACCCCAACGCCCACGCAAACUCACGCUCAAACAUCGUAUACUGCACAAUGGGGUACAGCACAUAUACCAAUUGAUCCUGCACUUCAGCAGCAAUCUCAACACGCCACAACAACUCCAUAUUCCUACCAGUACACUCACCACUAUCCUCAAGCCGCGUAUUCGCAUUAUUCAUAUGUUCCACAACAACCCCAAGUACAGAGGCCACAGGCCUCAACAAUGGCUCCUGCAACAGCAGCAACUGCCCAGCCCGCAAAUGCGAAUAGUGGGAUGGAUACCUCCGACGUGGCAACGUUGAAUGAUGCUCUUGGGAGCGCGGGUGUUGAUCUUCGGGCAGAGGAGGAAAGCCUGCAGAGGUCCCAUGACUCGCAUCAGUCAUAUCGAACCUUCGAAGAUAGAUCACGCAAACAACCGACUACUCCUUCCUUCGACACACGCUUCUUAGGUACCACCAUGCGCUCUAUUGGUACGGAACACAAGGUGACAAAAAUCCCCGAAGACUCGGUGAAUUACUUGGCGAUUGCCCUCCGUGCCCGCUUACAAGACCUCGUUACUACGAUGGUUGCUGCAGCGAACCACCGUAUGGACACCCAGUUUGACCGUCCGGCAUGUCCAUAUGAGAACGGCACGCCGAUGUGGAGCAUAGUCGUACAGAGCGAUGUCGCUAAGCAACUAGCUGCAUUAGAAAAGAUUGAGCGAGAGGAAGAGAUGAAAGUUCGAAGAGAACGCAAAGAGCGCGCUGAUAUGGCUGCUGCGCAUGCUGCUAACCUCGCCGCGCAAGCGUCAGGCGGCAAUGCCAUGGCCGUAGACGGAGACGAGGAGGGAGGUGCGAAGAAAAAGAAGAAAAAAGAAGGACCAGGUGUAACGGCGAGGAAUAUGUCUGAAGAUGUGCGUAAAAAGAUGUCGAACGCUGUCGCAAGUCAGGCUGCUGGAAUUAGUUCGAAAUAUUCAUGGAUGAACGCUGCAAAUGCCUCUACGGCCGCUGCCAAACCGAAGCCUGCAGCAUCUUCGGCCGCUACAACAAGUACAGCUACCACUACGACCCCUGCGACUACCACAGCUCCUGCAGUGUCAGCAGCUCCAGCAACUUCAUGGGCGCGGCCGUAUAUGGGGGGAAAGAAAGGCAGUCCGACAUCACCACAAACAGCAGAGGACGAUGACCGGAUGUUAAUCACAAUGCGUGAUGCAAUGUUUGCCAUCGAGAAGGAAAGGGGUCAUGGAGGAGGUCGUGGAUCCGCUCGUGGAUGGUCAUAGCCAUUUGUACUUGCUUGUGUUGUUUAGAUCGUCCGUAUGGCUGAUCGCUUAUUUGCAAUGCACCCAUUUUGUGUCUGCACUUGAGCUUAUUUUCAUCUCAAGCAUAAUUUGGAUUACAGUAAUAGGACGGUGCUGGCGCCAUGGCGAAAUCGAAACGAUGAAUGCAGAUUGCCACUUCCGAGAUAUCGUAGCACGUUUAUGUAUACGAUAACAUUGUUUACAUUGACAGGCAAGCUGGUCACAAGCA